AAAACCGAGCUCCAGAGUUACUCGUGAAAACACCCUAAAAUUUUCAUAUUCCGAUAUUUGUAUCCCCAUUUUCCCCAACUCCCAAAACCCUAACAACAUCCGCCGUCACCGUUAAGCCACCGCACCACCACCUUAUGGCGGAGGAAUUCGUAAAAGCUGUCGACGACGGCUUGAGACUCUCGAAACGGAUUUAUUUCGGUAAAGACAGGGCCGUGGCGCCUCCGAAGCCAAUGACUGCGAUGGAGAAGUCUGUGCACUCGUAUUUACCGACGUCGGUGAUGGUGUAUGCGGUGAUCGGAGAUCCGGCAAUCGUGGACAAUCCUGAUAUUCCUAGCUACCAGCCUCACGUGCACGGCAGGUGUGAUCCACCGGCAUUGAUUCCGCUUCAGAUGAAUGGAGUAGAGCUGGAAAUUGAUUGUCAUUUGGACACGGCGUUCGUGACGAUCUCCGGUUCAUGGAGGGUGCAUUGUGUUAUGGGAAGUCGGAGCUGUGAUUGUCGGAUUGCGGUUCCUAUGGGUGAACAGGGUUCAAUUCUAGGUGUUGAGGUUGAUGCACCGAGGAAAUCAUAUUGUAGUCAACUGCUUGCCUUGGAUGAUAAAAAGGACGCAGAGAAGGUAGCCAAAGCUGAAAGUGAAGGCUUUUUGAAACCCCAUAUUUUUACUUUUACAAUACCCCAGGUUGAUGGGGGUUCCAAUAUAUCAAUCAAAGUUAGGUGGUCUCAAAAGUUAUUGUAUCACAACGACCAAUUCACCUUGAGCAUACCAUUUCAUUUUCCAGAGUAUGUCACGCCUGCUGGAAAGAAAAUUUCAAAAAAGGAAAAGAUACACCUGAAUGUUAACUCUGGUCCUGGAACUGAAGUUUUGUGUAAGACAACUAGUCAUCCUCUAAAGGAACUUAGACGCCACGCGGGAAGGUUGGGCUUCAUAUAUGAAUCAGAAGUUCUUACUUGGUCAAGUAGUGACUUUGUCUUCACAUAUACUGUUUCUCUAAGCCAUAUAUUUGGAAAUGUGCUUUUGCAAUCUCCAUCAGUACUUGACAUUGAUCAAAGACAGAUGUUCUGCUUGCAUCUUUUUCCUGGAGACCGGCAGAGUAGAAAGGUGUUUAGAAAGGAUGUGGUAUUUGUUGUUGACAUAAGUGGAAGCAUGCGUGGAAAGCCACUUGAGGAUACAAAGAAUGCACUGUCAGCAGCACUCUUGAAGCUUGAUCCAGAAGACUCAUUUAGUGUAAUAGCAUUUAAUGGAGAGAGUUACCUAUUUUCGUCAUCUCUGGAGUUUGCUACCAAGGAAGCAAUUGAAAAUGCCACUCAGUGGAUCAGCAUGAACUUCAUUGGUGGAGGCGAUACAAACAUUUUGCUUCCCCUAAAUCAGGCCAUUGAGAUGUUAUCCAAUGCUAGCAAUUGCAUUCCUAUUAUUUUCCUUAUUACUGACGGAGCUGUUGAAGAUGAGAGACACAUAUGUGAUGUUAUGAAAAGUAAUCUAAGAAAUCAAGGAUCGAUAUGCCCACGUAUUUACACCUUUGGCAUAGGUUCAUUCUGUAACCACUAUUUCUUGCGAAUGCUUGCAAUGAUUGGCAGAGGCCAUCAUGAUGCUGCUUAUGAUGCAGAUAUGAUCGAGGUUCGAAUUGAAGGUCUAUUUGCCAGAGCUGCAUCCACCAUUCUGGCAAAUAUAGCCAUUGACAAUCUGGAUAAUCUUGAUGAUCUUGAGGUAUAUCCUUCUCGUAUUCCAGACCUUUCAUCUGAAUGCCUGUUGAUUGUAUCCGGCAGAUACCGGGGAGAGUUUCCUGAAAAUCUUAAAGCUAUAGGUAAGCUUGCAGAUAUGAGCAGUUUUACUGUAGACCUGAAGGUACAAGAGGCAAAGGACAUACCUCUGGACAAGGUACUUGCAAAGCAACAGAUUGAUCUUCUUACGGCUCAGGCAUGGUUUUCAGAAGAUAAAGAGCUUCAGGAGAAGGUAGCAAAAAUGAGCGUACAAAAUGGCAUUGUUUCCGAGUAUACCUGUAUGAUUUUGACUGAGACCGAGAAGGGGAAGAAAGCCACAGAAUCAGCUGGCAUACCCAAGGUUCCCAGUAAAACGGAGCCUCAGAAAAUGGAGGAUACAAAACGCCAGAAAAUGAUGGUACUGCGAAACCUUGGGGUUGGUUUUGGUAACUUGACAGCCACUUCCGAAAACCUUCCUCCUGGUGCUGAUGAAACAAAAUCGCCAGAGCCUGCAGAAAUUCUCGUGAAGGCAGCUUCAAACUGUUGUGGCAAGAUGUGCAGCCACUGCUGUUGCAUGUGCUGCAUCCAGAUUUGUUCACGGAUGAAUGACCGAUGUGCAAUCGCACUCACACAGUUAUGCGGUGCCCUUGCCUGUUUUGGUUGCUUCAGUUGUUGUGAACUAUGCUGUUGUGGACACGAUGGAUGAGUAGGAUUACAUGAUGAAACCUGCCAAAUAGCAGUUGUAUGUUUGUGCUACAAUAUUCUCUACUUAUUAUACAUGUAAACGUGCUUACAAAUUUUCUUGGACCUCACGUAAAUUCCCCAAGGUUUUAACCUCUGUAAAGCUGUUGAAUCUUGCAAAUAUUUGACGAUAGAAUUGAAGGUUUACAACUGAAUUGCCGUAUCUAACCGUAUAAUACUGGAUGGAACAUCCCUGAAACAGCUUUAUAUUAUUGUACUUUGCC